AUGGUCCGUGGCUGGCUAUUGCUCCUGGUGGUGGCUCUGCCCCAACUCGCGACAGGCGCCAAGGAGUGCGUCUUCUGUGAUCUGACCGACUCCUUGGACUGCGCCGGCAUCCCCAUGACCUGUGGCGACGACGAGGAUUGCUUCAUUGGCGAAGGAACAGCCCCCGGCCUCAGCAACGUCAUCAACAAAGGCUGCAUGGAAACCACCUCAUGCGGCAAUGAGGAAGCUGUCACCUACCAGGGCGCCACCUACAGCCUCAUCUCCACCUGCUGCGAUGGCGAACUGUGUAACAGGGCCCCCAUCCCCGCAGGCAGCCUGAAGGCGGGGGCCGCCACCGGCCUGGCACUGGGCGUGCAGCUGCUGCUUCACUGA